AUAAAAUGAUACAACGAAAAAUCGUAUAUAAUUGCAGAAAACAAAAUAAAAGUUUAAAUCUGCUUGAACGAUCGAUAAACAAGACAAUUAAUGAUGGACAAUCUGGGUGACAUUUAUUAUUUAGUACAAUUAAUUGUUCGGCAAAUUUUGAUAUUUCUACGAGACUUUAUUUUCCGUGAACUUACGUGGUUUAUGCCAGCCGAAGAAAAUUUUGAUAACGCGAAUUCGAAGAUAUUAGGCGUCGCGCCGCAGCAUCCCGCCGCCGACUUUUUCGUACUUUUCACUGUUUGUAGCCUCCUCUUUGCGUUUAUGAUUCUAUCUACAAAUUCUCCCAAGAACGAGAUGUCGGAUCAUGAUAUCAUUAACAUUGAGACAAUUUCCACGGCUUUUGAAAAUGAUUCGUCGCCUCUUUGGUACUCGAAAGCUGCAAAUUCGAGCUUAAUAAAUUACCUCCACGCUUGCAAUACAAUCAAUCCAUCGCGGGACAUCAUUCUUAAGGAGCAAAAUAUCUCGCAUCCGACUUUCUCAAAAUGCAGAGAAUCAUUGCGUAAGAAUUACUCAAAAACUUCAAACGUGCGCUCUAUCUAUUCUCAACAUUCUCGGAAGACACAAGUGAGUCAUCCCUCUCCUCAAACAACAUCUCGGGAAUGGUUAAUUAGGCAUACUAGAAGUGGUCACGUCUAUGGAAAGUACCCGAUAUAA